GUCAUCGCCAUCCGCCAGGCUGGGAUCAACAUCCCGCCCUCGAUCGUGAACGCGUGCAUCCUUGUCUCCGCGUGUUCGGCCGGCAACUCGUACUGCUGGGUCGGUUCGCGCAUGAUAGUGGCGAUGACCACGGACAGACAGCUGCCACAGUUCUUGGGCCGCACCACCAAGUCCGGUGUCCCCUAUGUUGCCGUCAUCACUGCCUGGCUCUUUGGCCCUUUGGCGUAUUUGAUGGGUCUCGGCUCCGGAGGUGUUGCGGAUGCCUCCCAAUGGCUUCUGAGCCUGAGCACCGUGGCCGGCUUGAUCGCGUGGGCGACGCUCUGUUUCUGCUACAUCCGUUUCCAUCGCGCCAUAGAGGCCCAAGGCGUCAGCCGCGACACCCUGCCCUGGAAAGCACCCUUCCAGCCGUACACCGCCUGGUUCGGCUUCAUCGGAUCGACGGUCAUCACCUUCGUUGCGGGGUUCUCCGUGUUUCUUGCGGGCAACUGGUCGACCGCGGACUUCGUCGCCUCGUACAUCGGUAUCCCAAUCUUCAUCGUGCCCAUCAUCGCCUGGAAGCUAUACCACAAGACCAAGUUCGUUCGCGCGCACGAGAUCGACCUUCGGUCUGGGCGCCUUCGCGAAUCGGAAUACGCCCCUGAGAAGCCCAAGGCGACAACGUUCAAGGGUCGUGUCGAGGAUUGGUUCUCCUGA